UAGUCCUAAUAUUUACUAUUACUUAACAAAUGAGAUUAAUGUGCUCGGAUCGAACCUUCUCUCAUGACUCUGGAAGUUGCGAAUGUCCAUUCCAAUCAGCUGGAAAUUUGUUUCCUGAACCAGAGAUUACGAGUUGCAAUUUUCAUGUUAAUCAACGACGUGGAAGAAAAACGAAGAAAGACAUUGUCAUCUAACAAUGUAUCCAGAGUACGAUAUAUUAUCUUAGAAAUAUUGGAUAAUGGUUGGCUGUCUAUUCAGAAAAUACUGUCUGAAAAACUAGAGUUUCGUCGAUUAUUUGACUUUCUGGACCAGUUGGUUGAUAAAAAGACCAGAUGCCAUCAGACAUGUGGAAUUACAGUGGAAGGCCCCAUCACAUCGAAAACGCCUCUGAGGGGUGGAAGAAAGUUAUCUACUAAUAUCAAAAGCUCAGCCAAAUGUUUACUCAUUAAUAAAAACCUUCAAGAAGGUUGAUUAAUUUCGAAUUUGGAUGGAAAAAGAAUAAAGAAGACUGCAAUUCAUACUGAUGAGGCGACUGUAAAGAUUCCAAAUUGAUGGCACCGUGAAAUCGUUUCUAACUUGUGUGACCCACACACGGAAAUUACACUGUAGAAGGAAACAUCACCACCAUUGGAAAUUAUAUAAAUAUUGAAAAGUAGUUUAAUGCACGUCGUACUCAUUGGAAAGCUUGUAAACAACUUUAAUGAUGGACGAAAUGAGACCACUUCCUCACGGUUUUCCUGGGAAACGACACACCGACAGCUAAAUACCUGUUGCAAUUUGUGGAACAUUCGGUAAUGAAGACCGGUAGGGCUACCUUAAAGGUCAUGCCUCUUCUAGGGCACCAGCACGGCACUCCUAUUGAGAGAGACUCUAUGAAGAAAAACCUGUGUGGGUGGACAGCAAACGGAAAACCGGUGCAGAAGACACAAAUGACAAGCAGCCACGUCCGCUCAUUUGCCCUCUGUCUGCAGACCACUGCACGCUGUGUGGUCGAACCACUGUCCUCCCGAAUGAGAGCCCAGAGUGUCUCACCGCCGCGCCCUGCAUAUCCAGGCCACUACUUGCAUUUCACGCACGUUUCUCUGUCGGAUACAUGGCGCAAACACGUACGAAGAUUGUGUCUCCAAAAUAUGCUGAAGGUGAUCGGGACCAUGGCUAUCUGUCUACUAAUAAUUCAGACACGAUCCCGCUCAGUAUCUUGGCAAAUUUGUGAUUAUCUAGAAAACCGUUUGAGUGAAAGGCUCUGCGGAAGCUCAGUGUAAACUACUGUCGCAUUGCGAGUGUCACAAUAAAGUAGAAUACUACACCACUGAUCUCAGGAUACAUUAAAGAUUUAUAAGACAAUGACGUCUGUUUCUUAGAUGAGGAACAUGUCGAUGCUCGAAGACCGUAUGGAACUGUAAACGGCUUUACAGUUUUUACCACUUCGUUUGACAUGCAGCAGCACUUGGAUGUAGGAAAAUGCGGUAACAAUACCUGUAAACAACAGUAAAACGUCGUUCAUUAUGCGAUUACAACGCCAGUGUCCAAAGUUUUGAGCCUAUAACACUGAGUGCAUACUUGGAAUGGGGAGGGGAAAAAAACAAAAAACCACAAAGCGAUAUAAAACGGAAACAAAUGUACAACUAAGGAGGGAUGGGGAAGGAAGACUUGGGUUGGUCGGGUGGCUUCCAGAAGCCUGCAGUGUACGUGUUGGCCUGCGACCCUGCGCUGACCUCCGGCGCUAUGCUCUGUACAGCACUGCCUCGGCGUCUCCAUCCACGUCGGGCUGCCGUGACAGAAGCCUUGGGACGAAUUCUUAGGCGCUCUCCUGGCACCGUAACGGUCCGGAAGACGUCUUUCGCUGGUGGAAUGGAGAUGCUCAUUCGGCACGACGCCGUUCUCGCGAAACCCACUUGUCUGAAUUUACGAAACCAGUUUACACUGUAGGGUGUGGAACUAUUUCACUGACUCCGUCGUUUGCCCCUCAUACGACCAGGAGAGUCAAGAGUGAUGUCGGAGCUGUGAUAGAGCUUACUUUGGUUUAACCAUGACGUAUCUGUCACCUAAUAACUAUACGAACGUUCUGUGGGGCAAAGAUGCUAUAUAAACACGUCCACGCCAAAAGGAGAUACAAAUAUAUAUUUGUGGGAAAGUUCCACAACACACGUUCUGGAAAUGGAGGUAACGAGUUUAAUUCCUAAACUGCUCAACCUGGAAAUACCUGGGUACACCAUAGCUUGCAACAUUCGGAUAAAAUGGCGACGUGAUUUAUGAUUGUAUUAUGCAGCAUUCUUUACAAUGUAGGUGGCCGCUGCAUCUUUUUCUGAAGAAAGAAGAUGCAGAUAUCGAUCUGUUCAAAGGAGAGUUAAAGAUACCAAUGAAUUUAGACUCUUACAGUGGUUCAAAACUGUUCAAAUGGCUCUGAGGACCAUGGGACUUAACAUCAGAGGUCAUCAGUCCAAUAGAACCUAGAACUACUUAAACCUAACUAAGCUAAGGACAUCACACACAUCGAUGCCCGAGGCGGGAUUCUAACCUGCGACCGUAGCAUGCGCGCGGUUCCGGAUGGAAGCGACUAGAACCGCUCGGCCACCAUGGCCGGUCAAGUUUAAUCGUGCCUACCCUGAGAAAUUCACCGAGGAAACUGAUUUCUGCAUUACAUGUACAUUGCUUCUGAUCAGGUGUCAUGGAUCUGAGGAACCUGAGAUAAGGAGGAAGAAAAUUUUUCUCAGAGGUGCCACGAGCUUGGAUUUAAAUAUAAGUCCUGUAACUUUAGUGCUGAAAGAAGUUUGUUGUUUUGCCAUUUUUUUGCUAUGACAUAAAUAAACCAUCUUUUGACUGAGAGCGAUAACAUUUUUAGAAGGUGAAAGCAGUCUAUCGUAGCACCGCGCUGGUAGUUAAAAACCUUAGGUGAUCACGAAGCAGUACGGACCCUUGUCAUUUGAAGGAAACUGGUGACGUUGCAAUUGAUUUAGGGUGUACAACACUUUAACAGCUGUUGUUUCAUACAGGUAUGCAUGCGCCUCGUACAAGUGUUGAGGGUGCAGUGUGAGGGCUGCUCAGUGGUACUGUGUUUCAGGACCACCCACCAUGUCGGCAGUUACGGAGGUUCAGAACACCACAACCGAGGCCCUGGCCGCCCUGGUAGACGGGGGUGAAGACGCCCUGGUGACAUUAGUGGCGGGCGAGACGAGGGUGGCGGCUCACAGGGCCGUGUUGGCAGCCGCGAGCCCCGUGUUCGCAGCGAUGUUCGCGCACGACAUGCUGGAGGCCAGCUGCGGCCAGGUGAGCAUCAACGACGUGGAGGGGCCGGUGCUGAGGCUCCUGGUCGCCUACGCGUAUACCCUGCAGGCCCCCCAGCUGCCCGACACGGCCCCCCAGCUGCUGGCGGCGGCCGAGAAGUACGGCUUGUCGGCCCUGAAGGCUGCCUGCGAGCGGCAGCUGAUGUCGCAGUUGGCCGUCGAGACCGCAGCGGCGACGGCCGUCACGGCAGUGAGGCACUCGUGCCCGGACGCCACCAGGGCUGCCGUCGCCUUCAUAAAGGACCACCUGCAGGUGAUGGCCACGCGGGGCUGGGCGGACGCUGUGCUCGAGUACCCGCAAGAAGUCAUUGAAGUCAGCAGAAUGCUCGGUGAGCCACCAGCAGAAGCCAGCUCGCCGACCGCCACAGGGGGCGGGUCCACCCCCAACUCUGACCGUCAACCCCACAGCGGCCACAGCCGGACUCCUGCUGCAGCUGCGCCUCCCACAUCUGCCCGACACACCCCUCCACCCGAUGACGCAGCCGUCUCUCGCUUCCGGAGCCUUUCUGGGGCAGAACGAAGCAGGAAACUGAGAGAGGCGGCUAAGAAAGGGGCGGUGGAGGAGGUGCGGCUAUUACUGGCGGCUGGGGCGGACGUGGGGGGAAGGGACGUGGACGGAGAGACCGCCCUGCACUGGGCUGCACUGAGAGGCCACGCGGCUGUGGUGCGGCUGCUGCUCUCUGCGGCGUCCGACCCCGACGCCAGGGAUCAGUGGUGGCGGACGCCGCUGCACUGGGCGGCACGGAAUGGCCACGCAGAAGCGGCGGCUGCGUUGCUGCAGGCCGGAGCCGACAGGGGGAAGACGGAUGAAGAUGCGGACACCCCCCUGGACUACGCCAGGCAGCAAAACCAACACCAUCUCGUAGAGAUGCUAACACAGCGUUAAUACGUACCACUAGAGGAAA